AUGAAUUUCAUCAAAGCCAUUGUCUUUUAUUGCCUCGCCGUCGUCGGCGUGCUCGCUGCUACGCCUCUGAUCAUCAAGCCUAGCAAUGGCACAAGCAUCGCUCCGGGUCACCGCUUCAAUUUCAGCUAUCAAUCCAUCGCGGAGAGGGGAUGUUCGAGCUACCACGUCCACGUGUGGCUUUUCUUCCACCCCCCUACCCCCCUCUUCGUGACCACGGAUUACGCUACCGGCCACUACUUUGGUCGAUUCCAGAUCCAGAACUGGCCCGGCGUGCCGUACACCGAGCAUCCACUUCCUUCCUAUUUCACAAUGCCCGAUUUUUCGAUCAAUCCGCGUGGUUGGGGAGCCGGCCUGCGCGCGAGCAACAUUCAAGCGUACUUGGCUGUGAUGGAGGAGUACGCAACAGGCAAUGGAACUCUAGGAAACCGGUUCAGUUUAACUUACAACACUGUCCGCUACAACGCCACCAAGCAUCACAGCAACAAGGAACUUCCUGAACUUGUUUAG